AUGGAUUUGGCUGCUGACUUUAGUCCUUACCGCGCCGAUGGCAAGCUUCACGGCUUUGUCUGUGUUGUUACUGGCGCCGCACAGCCCGUCGGACAGGCCAUUAUUGAAGAGCUGGCAGCACACGGUGCCGCCUCUAUAUACGCAUGCGACAAGACAGCCAGCGAUGAUACGUUCAAGUCACUUUUGACCAAGGUGAAUCAGGAGCACCCUAAUACCAAAAUCAUCCCGUACCCCUUCAACGUUGCCAAGGAGGAAGAGACGCUGGUUCUCAUCGACGAGCUGCUGAACGCCUUCGGACGCCUCGACGUCUGGGUCUCGUCGGCCGGCCUGCUUGGCCCACCGUCCAUUGCCGAUACGACGCCGGCAGACCUACAGCGGUGCUUCGAGGCGCACUCGAUGGCGCCCUUCUUCGCGCUCAAGUACGCGCCCCCUGCCAUGGCCAAGCUCACGGAGAAGCAGUCGUACCCGAACGCAGCGCCCAAGACGCAGAAAUACGGCAGCAUUGUCGUCAUCGGCAGCGUGGCGUCGACGUACGGCGGUUGCUGGGGUCCCUGUUAUACAGUAGCUUCGCACGCAGCCCUCGGUGUCGUCAAGGCUGGCGUCGCGGUACUCAAAGGCACCGGGGUGAGAAUCAAUUGCAUCUCACCAGGACAAAUCGACGUCGGUCUCGACUUGGACGGGGUUGAUAUGAAAGGGAUGAACUCCCAAUUCCCUCCUGCCAGCUUACAAGGCAAAGAAUCUUCGAAGGCCAGCAUCGGCCUCGAGCGACCGGGCAGCCCUCAAGAGGUAGCCCGCGUGGCCGGAUUUCUUGCAUCGGGCUUCAGCUCCUAUAUCACGGGAGCAAACCUGGUCGUCGACGGCGGCUCCUCUGCUAUGAACCCGCUCACAAUUCCUAUCGGCAAAGCGUAG